GAGCUGAGGGGAGGCCCAGAGCUUUUCUGGGGCCUGGGGGAUCCUCUUGCACUGGUGGGCGGAGAGAAGUGCCUGCAGCCAACCAGGGUCAGGCUGUGCUCACAGUUUCCUCUGGCGGCAUGUAAAGGCUCCACAAAGGACCUAGGAGUUCAACUGAGGCUGCUGCUGUCGGCCUGGGGAUGGACCCCAAGCCCUGAGUGGUGCUGUUGGACCCAAGACCUGCAAGAAGCACGUACUAAGGCAGCUGCGGACCACACUGUGAGGCAGAGCAGGUUGGAAGCAGCUCCAGUGACACCAGAGCCAGCCUCAUCCCUAAGAGCUUCCGAGAGCACAGACUGCUGCCAGCUGAGGCCAGUAAGGCAGGGCUGCUCGGCAGCCAGUCCAGCCUGAGACUCGGGAACUCUCCCGGAGGCCACAGCCAGGCUGUCCUGCUGAUGGCACCGUGAAGCAUGUGAAGCGCGCUGCUGCAGGGCCAAGAAGGAGAGAAGAGGCUUUCAGUUCAUAAAGACCAACCAGCACACUGCAAGGACCAUGAGGCCACUCUGUAUGACCUACUGGUGGCUUGGACUGCUGGCCACUGUUGGAGCUGCCACAGGCCCAGAGGCUGAUGUUGAGGGCACAGAGGAUGGUUCGCAGAGAGAGUACAUUUACCUCAACAGGUACAAGCGGGCAGGUGAGUCCCCUGACAAGUGCACCUACACCUUCAUUGUGCCUCAACAGCGGGUCACGGGUGCAAUUUGUGUCAAUUCCAAGGAGCCCGAGGUGCACCUGGAGAACCGUGUGCACAAGCAGGAGCUGGAGCUGCUCAACAAUGAGCUGCUUAAGCAGAAGCGGCAGAUUGAGACGCUGCAGCAGCUGGUAGAGGUGGAUGGCGGCAUUGUGAGCGAGGUGAAGCUGCUACGCAAGGAGAGCCGCAACAUGAACUCUCGGGUCACGCAGCUGUACAUGCAACUCCUACAUGAGAUCAUUCGAAAGCGAGACAAUGCGCUGGAGCUCUCCCAGCUGGAGAACAGGAUCCUGAACCAGACAGCUGACAUGCUGCAGCUGGCUAGCAAGUACAAGGACCUGGAACACAAGUUCCAGCACCUGGCUAUGCUGGCACACAACCAAUCAGAGGUCAUUGCCCAGCUGGAAGAGCACUGCCAACGUGUACCUGCAGCCAGGCCUGUGCCCCAGCCACCCCCAGCUGCUCCACCUCGGGUCUACCAACCACCCACCUACAACCGCAUCAUCAACCAGAUUUCCACCAAUGAGAUCCAGAGUGACCAGAAUCUGAAGGUGCUGCCACCCUCCCUGCCUACCAUGCCUGCCCUUACCAGUCUCCCAUCUUCCACUGAUAAGCCAUCAGGUCCAUGGAGAGAUUGCCUGCAGGCCCUGGAGGAUGGUCACAGCACCAGCUCCAUCUACCUGGUGAAACCUGAGAAUACCAACCGCCUUAUGCAGGUGUGGUGUGACCAGAGACACGACCCUGGGGGCUGGACUGUUAUCCAGAGGCGCCUGGAUGGCUCUGUCAACUUCUUCAGGAACUGGGAGACCUAUAAGCAAGGGUUUGGGAACAUCGACGGCGAAUACUGGCUGGGUCUGGAGAACAUCUACUGGCUGACAAACCAAGGCAACUACAAAUUGCUUGUAACCAUGGAGGACUGGUCUGGCCGCAAGGUCUUUGCAGAGUAUGCUAGCUUCCGACUGGAGCCAGAAAGCGAGUACUAUAAAUUGCGGCUGGGGCGUUACCAUGGCAAUGCAGGUGACUCCUUUACCUGGCACAACGGCAAACAGUUCACCACCCUGGACAGGGACCAUGAUGUCUACACAGGAAACUGUGCCCACUAUCAGAAGGGAGGAUGGUGGUAUAAUGCCUGUGCUCACUCCAACCUCAAUGGGGUCUGGUACCGUGGGGGCCAUUACCGGAGCCGAUACCAGGAUGGGGUCUACUGGGCUGAGUUCCGAGGAGGAUCUUACUCUCUCAAGAAGGUGGUGAUGAUGAUUCGGCCCAACCCCAACACCUUCCACUAAGCUCUCCCUGCCUGGCCACUAACACCACUGCCAGAGGCCAUCCCAGCUGUGUGACCUCAGCACAGCUCUUCGCUGGCCCAUCGCAGACUGGAGAACAGAGUGCUGGACUCUGCUUUCCAAUGUGGCUCUGUCAAAUGAUGGAAAUGAAUGGUGUUCUCUGUCCUUCCUGCCUUCUUUUACACCCAGCAGCCCCUUGUAUUCCAGGACAGGAUAGAACUGCAGAGUCUUCCAAACAGUUAAGCCCCUUUAAUAAAGAAAGACACAACUGACAAUACCGCCAGAUAAGACAGACAUGCACACGAGCCACCAGGUGUAUGCUCUUAGACACACAUCACAUGUGGGAUGUCUAGAUACACAUAUGGGUUUCCACGUAUAUUUAACUUUUCCUGCUCAGUUCUUGGGUGCUAACUCCAGCACCACAGCUUUGCGCUUAAGACAAUGUAUGUCUCAUUGUCUAAGAACAGAACAGGCAUUGUAGCCCUGAUUUCAAAAACUAGUCCUUGGUAUUGCCUGGAUCUUUCCCAGAAUGUCUGCAAGCUCAUCUCUCACAUAGGGGUUCCUGGCCUUCUCUCUUUGAACGCCUUUUGGCACGUGAUCAACCACCUCCCUUUCCACUGUUGUACUUUUCCCUCAGGAUGGCCCAGCAUCGCCCCAUCCAGUUACCCCUCAGCCUGGACUUCCUGUGCCUUAGUCUCUGGCUGUUCACUGGAAGUCAAGGGUCCUCUUGUCCCUUCUCCCCUAGCCUUUCCUUUUCUGCCACACAGAGCUUUAUUUCUGGUACAAUUCAUUGGCCUCUGGGCAGGAAACAGUCUGGGCUCAGGUUCUGGCUGAGAAAGGGAAGGCCAGGCCAAAAGCCACAGUGGCAAAGGCAGAGACCUGUAUUCAGUUUUGCACCUUCCAUUCACACUUUAGCCUCCACAGAAUUUUAACCUCUACACAAACAGUACCCUGCUUUGCCAGAGACACCCCAUUGGAGAGAAGUCACUGCCAAUAGGUUGGGACUUCCAGACAGCUGCAGAUUUGAGGUCCUGUGCUCAUGGGGAACAAUCUUCACCAAGCUACAUCUCCUCAGAAGAUGAGGCCACAGAAAGAAAAACUUGACUUUCCAUGAGUUGCAAUACCCUCAAGGGCACUGCAGCAGGGUGGCUUCCUGAGGCCUGCUUAGAGUUACCAGAUGACUGCCAUGCCAGGGGCAACAGAUAAGUCAAGAAGGUGAGACCCUCCCAGUGGGUGGGUGUGCCGGUGUGUGAGGUGUGGGGCAUUUGGUACUGUCCACAUCUGGGUGCACUGCCCUGUUACCUCAGCAUUUCUCCCAGUGUACCAUGUAGCAUGUUCUGUGUAUAUAAAAAAGGGAGGUUUUGUUUAUGUUUUUUUAAAAUAUAUUGCCAGACAGACUAUACUUGUAAUGACACAAAUCUGCAAUAAAAGCCAUCAGUGUUGUGUGGAUAUGCCCG